AUGCCUGCGGUACCGUUCAAGGUCAAGGCGAUCUUCGAAUACAGAUCAGACGAGCCUGAUGAUCUAAACUUUGAUAAUGGCCAGAUAAUCACGGUUACAGAAGAGGAGGACGCGGACUGGUAUACUGGGGAAUACGUGGAUGCCUCGGGGGAAAAGCUCCAAGGCCUGUUCCCAAGGAACUUUGUCGAGAAGUACGAACCGACAGUCCCUUCGCGCCCUGUGCGUGCUUCGAAGCGUGCACCGGUUCCAGAGCCGUCCGAGCGUAUCCCAGAGCCUCCCGCACCAGAGCCACACCCUCCGCCAACAGAGAUAUCCGAACCUGUGCAUGACAGCGAGAAAGAAUCACUAAGAGAGCCAGCGGAACCGGCAAGAACAGAGCCUGAAGCACCUCCGCCGGCCCCGAAGCCUCAACCUGCUGCUCCCACCGCCCCGACCACCAUCCCAACUUCUCCCGCGGCCACCCGUGCCCCUCCACCUGUUGCAGAAAAACCAUCAUCUAGUUCUUUCAGAGACAGGAUCGCUGCCUUCAACAAACCCGCUGCCGCACCAAUUGCCCCUUUCAAGCCCGGUGGUGGUGGGCCAAGCAGUGGUUUCAUCAGAAAGCCGUUUGUAGCGCCUCCUCCUAGCAGGAAUGCUUUCGUGCCUCCACCUCACCGAGAACCUCCCAUCCAAAAACCAUAUCGGCGAGAGGAUGAUGCGAGUGUGAACGGAUCGGAAUCCAGGGAUCUGGCGGAAUCUACUGUGACACAACCAGAGCCUGGGGCGGAAGAGCAACCGAAGCCCCAGUCCCUCAAAGAAAGAAUAGCACUUUUGCAAAGACAGCAGCUGGAACAAGCGGCUCGGAAUGCUGAGAAGAAGGAGAAACCCAAGAAACCCCCCAAAAAAAGAGUCGAAUCCACAGAGGCCAGUGAACAGAGCCAGCCGCCUGAGCCGACUUUGACGAGACUAGAUUCCAAUGAGACUGUAGGCCGCCCAUCCGCCGAGGUGGCUGAAGGAGAACAUGAGCCUGUGGGUCUCCCUCGCCGCACCACAGGCCUCAGCACGCCACAACCAGCUUCUCGCGAGCUCGUCAGUGACACGAAUGACGCCGAUGAUUCAGGAGCUGCAGAUGACGAUGACAUUCAAGAAACAUCCACCGAGGAAGAGCGCCCAAAAUCCAAAGGCACGGAAAUACCCGUCCCAGCAGCUGCUCCUAGAAAAUCAAUAGAUGACGACCGAGGCCAACAGGUUGAAGCCGAAGAGGAAGAAGGAGGUGAAGAGGAAGAGGAAGAGGAGGAAGAUCCGGAAAUCCGCCGCAGAAGAGAGCUCAGAGAUAGAAUGGCCAAGAUGAGCGGAGGUAUGGGCAUGAUGGGCAUGUUCGGCCCUCCUGGCGGCAUUGGACUACCUGGUGCUGCGAGGAAGCCAAAAUCAGAGCCUUCUCGGCAGUCCUCUGAGAGCCAUCCGCAGGAAGAGCCACAAGAACGAGUUGCCCCAGUACGGAUCAUGGCAUUGCCUGGGAUGUCUCCAAUACCCAAGCGGCAAGACGAGCCUCUAGCGUCGCCAGAAAGCGACAACGACGACGAGACUGCACGCCCCACCCCGCAAGAACCUGGUGUUCAGGGAGAAAGCGAAGACUAUGUUUCGAAGCCCUUACAACGUCGCUCGACAGACCGUGCCGCUCCGCCGGUUCCACAAGAUCGCGCUGCUCCUCCACCACCACUACGUGACACUAGAGGUGCUCCUCCUCCUCCCCCAUCGGCCCCAAGAGCAGCUCCUCCAGUUCCGCAAUCACCCACCGCUCGAUCCGUACCUCCCCCUCCCCCAUCAUUACCGCAAGCGUCGGCAGAAGCACCUGGUUAUGAGGAGGACGAAGACCACGAUCCUCCGGAAGAGGACAGCCAGGAAGCGCUAGAAACUCCAAAUAGCGCGCCUACGCUUCCUCCAAUGCCGCCAGCCAGGCCACCUGAGCAUUCGGUCUUCGAGGCUGUUGAGAGCUCCACUUCUCCAGUCGCUGAUAAACGCGCUUCACGACUCCCGCCCCCUAUCCCUAUGAGCCCGACUUCUCCCCAGACCAGAGCUCCUCCUCCUCCGCCGCCAGGCGCUCCACCAAGUCGCCGUUCAACGACUGAUUCCCGCGGCUUUGGCACCAUGCAUUCUCCUAAGCCUGAUUCGGAUGACGAGGAGGAAGUUACGGAAUAUGACGGAGACUACGAUACAGAUAUCGCUUCGAGUGCAAAGCACAAAGAUGCGUUGAAGGCUCACAAUCGUGACUCAAGCCUUGAUGAAGGCGCCCUCACGGACGAUACGAAGUCUCCGAAGCACCCUCCCACACGAGCUGCUCCUCCGUUGCCUCCGGUUAGUAUUCCGCGAGACAUGCCACCACCGCCACCGUCUUUGCCAACGCCGAAGAGUAGAAGGUCUAUGGAUGCCCCGCGGGCAGCUCCUCCGCCAGUUCCACCUCCCAAGGUGGGCGAAGACGACGACUAUGAUCCGUAUCGAUAUACUGCACCUCAGCAUCCUCCGCCCUCUCUUCAUACCAAAAUGCCAUAUUCUACAUCACUGCAAUCACCCAGAGAGGAGCUCGAGGAAGAUGACAUGUACAGUGCAAUGCCGAAAACAACUGCUAUACCACCGCCACCACCAGCAGAAAGGCCAGCACCUCCACCUCCACCACCAGAGCCGGAGUAUACUGCGCCGCCGACCCUCGCACCUCCUCCCCCAACAGACAUCCCUGAACAGAGUACCGACCUCCGAAGGUCUGGUACUCUCUCUCGCCGUUCAAUGGACCAUGCUCGGGGAAGCAGUGAACAGGGGUAUAUUGCUCAAGACAUUGACCUCGCAAAGGGCUCAAUGUGGUGGACGCAAACCAAUGUACCACCUCCUUCACUGCAAGGAAGACCUGAUGUUCUGUACGAAAUGGAGACUGGUUCCUCUACUAAACGUGGAGGCAGGACUACCAUCUCAAAGGAUAUUUACGUGCUUUACAUGGAUUAUUCCCAGACUACCAUCAAUGUUAGCUUCGAUGCGGCAGACCCAACCCACGUGACAUUGGAACAAAGCCACGGGCGACCGCCCCCUGCACCUCGGCGUGAUCAACUGGAAAAUGCAUCUGUUCAGUACGGGAAUCAGAUCGCAAGAGUGGCGAGUGGUCUUUCUGGCACGACUGUUGGCGAUGGUUCCGCGCGAGGAUUUGUCCUCGAACUCCUAAAACCCCAUCCGACAGCACUCCUGCCGGUUGGCACAAGAGCAUAUGGUGCUCUGGUCUACUCCAACCUGGGCAACGCAUCUACACAGCAAUUUGAUGAAAUACGACCAGGUGACAUUGUCACGUUCCGUAAUGCGAAGUUCUCUGGCCACAAAGGUGGGCUGCAUCAAAAAUAUAGUGUCGAUGUCGGGAAACCUGAGCACGUAGCUGUGGUCAUCGAUUGGGAUGGUACCAAGAAGAAGAUCCGUGCGUGGGAGCAGGGAAGAGACCUGGAAAAGGGCAAAAAGCCAAAGGUGAGAGAGGAGAGCUUUAAGGUCGGAGAUCUGAAAAGCGGAGAGGUGAUGGUCUGGAGGAUCAUGCCCAGGACGUGGGUGAAUUGGGAUACUACCAAGUCGUGA